AUGGGUCGAGAUAAGAAGAAGGAUGAUGAUGACGAUUCUGGAGACGAUGUUUAUGUAGUGGAGGCUGUGAUCAACAAGCGUAAAGCCAAAGACGGAAAAGUUGAGUACCUUCUUAAAUGGCAGGGCUUUCCUCUCGAAGAAAGUACUUGGGAACCAGAGGAAAACGUCGCGUGCCAUGAGUUGAUUGCAGAGUUUGAGCGGAAACGCGGCAAGGUGGAAAAGAAAGAGCCUUCAACGGCGUCUUCUGAGAAGCGUGAGGAGAAACAGCUACAUCGUAUUAUCGGCCUCACUGAUUCCCCAGGAGAACUUCAUUUUUUGAUUAAAUGGAAAGACCACACUGCUGAUCUUGUUCCAGCCAAAGAAGCGAAUGUAAAGUAUCCACAGGAAGUAAUUCGAUUCUAUGAGGAGAGACUGAAGUUGCAAACCCGCUGA